AUGUACAUGUUGGCUGAAUAUUCUGAAUGUUAUAUUGAUUAUAAGUCUAUCAGUUCCAGGACAUCGUUGGCGAGUAGCCGCCAAUCAUUGUCGUCCUUCAUCUCGCCGACGACUGAGCGCGCCUCGUCACCAGAUUUAACUAAGAGAUCUUCGUUUGUUGAGACGGGCUUCGUAGAAACCUUGACACCGCAAUUUACUCCUGGCCAAAGUAUCACUUCGCCACAACCAUCAGCUGAAGAUAAAUUGGCGAAUAUGCAGGCGCAACAAGAGAUAACAAACCUCAAAAUCGAAGUGGAAGAUCUUAAAGAGAAGCUGGAAACGAUUAAGGUCCGUCGCGCAGAAGAUAGAGAGAAAAUCCGAGAGCUGGAGCGCGUUCGGCUUCAGCUGGAGCAAGCCAACGAGUUCAAGGUCAAGAUUAUGGAGUCCCAAGCCCAGCUCCAACGGGACUUGCAAAGGGCUAAACAAGAGGUUCGUGAAGCUCAAGAAGCCUUGACAGUCCACAACGAUGAAACGGCAGAGCUACAAGAAGCCGCGGAGAUGGCAGCGCUCGACAAGGAAAUGGCCGAAGAGAGGUCGGAAGCGCUGCAGCUGGAAUUGGAACAGUGCAGGGAGAAGCUGGAGGAGGCAACUCUGGACCUGCAGCUGAUGAGGGCGGAAAUGGAAGCUGGCGGAAAUAUACAGCACCCGUACGCAGCAGCGGGGGAUGGGGCCACUGGCUACGAAGUGAGGCAACUCCAGCAACAGAACACGAGGCUCCGAGAGACACUCGUUUGUCUGAGGGACCUCAUAGCACACGACAAGCAUGCUAUGCAGAAAGUUCAUAAGGAUAUAGAUCAAUACAAAUCGGAGAUAGCAGAGCUCAGCAGGACUAAAGAGAAGUUGUCCUCGCGUGUGGAAGAGCUGGAAGCGCAAGUGGGAGACCUUCGGGAGCAGGUGGACGCGGCCCUCGGCGCUGAAGAGAUGGUGGAACAGUUGGCCGAGAAGAAGAUGUCCUUGGAAGAUCAGGUGGAGCAGCUGAAACAAGAUGUCCAGGAGCUGGAGGCGUUGCAGGAGAUUCACGAGCAGCUGGUGGAGUCAAACCGGGAGCUCGAAAUGGACUUACGGGAGGAAUUGGAGAUGGCUCACGCUGCAACUAGAGAGGCGGUAAGAGAAAGAGAAGCAGCACUGGAGACGAUCUUGGAUCGUGAUUCCACGAUUGUGAAGUUCCGAGAGCUCGUUCAACGGAUGACGGAACAACACAACGACAUGAGGAAUCAGCUCGAUUCCAAGAUUGGUUCUCCAGCGCCGUCGGAGCAAGAGACUCCGGAAGCAGUGGCCAGGUCACCGCCAGAGCUGGGUUCCCUUGUCCAGCAGUCCCGAGCUUCUACGCGCUCCAUUGACCUGCAGCUGAGGGCUCUGGAGUUGAGCCAGGCCAGGGCUAGAGCCAACAUGUUGGCCGCGUGUCUGCCUGAUCACUUCAUGGCCAGUGGUGGUGACCACGACGCCAUCUUGUUUAUCCUGUUACUACAGCGGCUUAACGCCAAAGCUGAAAUUAUCCUCGGACAGAUCAGAGAAAGGUUCCCGGCUGUGAACGUGUGGGAUCGUGAAGCUAUAACCAAGACACACACCGCUGUGCAGUACAGCUUCCGGUGCCAGCUGGAGUACCAGCUGAUGAUGAUCCAGUGCAUGGUUUGCAUGUGGAGCAACGCUUUGGAGCUGUGCACGCCCGAGGUGUUAUUAAAAGCAGCAUCGGCUCUGCCCGACGCGGCCGCUCAAGAGCGGGCAUUGGACGCAGCUGCCCAUUUGCUCAAGACCAACGAGUUGGAUGAGAACUGCGCUUUGGAUGGCAUGGAGCGUUGCUGGUCGUACCUGUCAGCCAUGUGGGCAGCCCUGGGCAUGGCGAAGGUGGAGGGCGCGGGCUGCACUCGCGAGGCCGUAGUGGUCGCGUGCGGUGCGCUCGACGCCCUCGCACGCGCAUUGCACGCAGACGCCAGCGCACUCACGCAGAUACUGCAGGCGUCCGAGAGACAGCUAGAGUUGGGUCUGCUGCAUGAAGCUAUCCAAUCCAGCAGUUCUUCGCUGCAGCAGCAGCUCAAGGCCGUGAGGAGGCGGCUUCCGCCUGGAGUUAAUCUCACCAAUUUGCCACUUGACCUGCAGCUCCUGGACCGUCUCCGCGGCGAAAGCGCCAUUGCCCUGUGGCGUUGUGCGCGUGCGGUCUCCUUAGCCGCGAGAGCGGCGUGCGCGUGCGCAGCCACGGCCGGGGAGAGGGCGGACGGGGCGCCUCUGCCUCACCAGCAGUUGCAGGCCAUCUGGACGGCCGCCACUGACAAAAUUUACCAGCAGGACGACCACGGCCCAGUGAAGACGAUUAAACACGGAUUGUCGAUAGUGUCGAGUGACGUCAUCAAAUUGGCCAACUUCACGCAGGACAAGGAGUAUGACGUCAUGUCCCUCACGAACGUCGCGCAGGACAAGCCGACGCCACCAAUAGUACUGCGCGCGCAGCACGUGAAGAAGCAGCUGGAAGAGACGAAGACCCUUACCAUUCGUCUCGAGAACAAGGAAGCGGACAUAAAGGAGCUCAAGAAAAUACUCAAGACGAAGCAAGAGGAGAUAUCGGAAAUGCAGAUCCGCCGCGACUUCGCGGAGAAGAAGCUGUCGACGGCCGCGAGGGACGCGGAGCUCAAGGCGCAAGAGCUGCAGAGGAAGCUGGAAGAUGUCAGCAAUCAGCUCAAGAGAAAGGAAAAGGAAUUCGAAGACACAAUGGACCACCUGCAACAAGACAUCGACUCUUUGGAGAGUGAGCGGGGCGCGUUGCGGGACAAACUUAAGAUGUACGCCAAACCUGGCGGGCGAAACCACGAGGAAUCACCAGUGAAGGUGUCUCCCGGGUUGGUGACUGGCGAGGUCAACGAGGCUCUUCAGCAUCAGCUCAAGGUCCUAAGUUGGCGCGUGGAACGCGAACGUGCGGCUCGCAUAGCGGCGUGCGCGCGCGCAGAACAUGUGAGCGUGCGGAGUCUUCGCCCGUUAGAGAACCCUGGGGCUCCGGCCGCAGCCGCUCGGAGGCAUGCCGCCGCUCAGGUUGAAGCACAACUCUCCGCAUUGCAAACGGAAUGGACGUUGUUCGUGGCUCGCUCCGGUCUCGUGAAGUUCCCAGAAGAACCAGGGAAGUAUGCGCGUGCGCUCCAACAACACAAGGAGAAACAGAGAGAGAUGAGAAGACGGCUAGAGGAACGACUGCGUACGCUGCAACAGGAUGCGCGUACGUUGCUGUCCGUACACCGGCCGUGGCGUUGCGUGGAAGCUGACCUUACGGACUUCCCGGCGCCGGAUCUUACUGCUGCUUUGACAGCGAAGGCAGUGGACAUAGGAACAAUCAAGUAUCCGGCGCCCGCUGGUGCCACAGAUGACACAAUUUACGUCACGCCCACACAACUUGCCAGAAUACGGGAGUUGGUUGAAGAACUGAAGUCGGAUGAUGUACAACUGGACUUGAAACCGUUGGAUAAUACAGUUUGCGCGGCUUAA